ACGUCAACUGUCAAAUUGUGUAUCUAUUUACCUUGACACCACAGAACCAUAUCGAACGGUAUCUCGUGCGCGUGUGUGUGUGUGGAAGCUCGCUGUUUGUCAGAAUGGGGUAAAAUUAAAAACAAAAAAAAUUAAAUAAAAUGCGAACCAGCGUCACGGCACGAGAGUUUUUCCUGUUCUGUUUGGAAGUUUAAAUGAAAAAAAUGGUUGCUAUCGUGUGUGGUGUGUAAUGUAUUUUGUGUAGCACCUGUGUACGAUAAAGUUUUGCUAGAAAUUUGGAUUCCCGUCCGUAUAGGUCGAUGGACAAUAGCCAGUGGCAGUGCAAUUGAUUAGACGCUUCCGUUUUUUAAGGUGGGGGUGGUUUGUUGUUGCGUACGAUAGGCUUUUAACUGGGCAUGGCAGUGACGGAAACCGAGCCAGAUAGAUUCUUUUGUGUGCUGUGUCAAAUUUGCAAAGUGUCCAAUAUUCGCCAGUGAUUGUUGUGUAUGCAGAAAACGGGCAAAUCGCCGAUGCUGUGUAGAUAGAUGGCGGGCGGCAGGUUUCGAUCAUAGUGAACCUUUUCAAUGUGUGUGUGCAUGCGUGUGCGAGAGUGUGUGAAUGCGGAGGGGUGGUUGUCGCAAAAAGCAUGUGUUGAUGUACAAAUUGUGCAAAAGAUGAUAAACAACAAAGCGAAAAGGGGUUGAACUAGCGCGGGAAAACGGUGAAUAAGUACCUUGCACCUAGUGACGAGGGACGAACGCCGUGCAAACGCAGAAGCAGCAAUACGCGGUACCGUGUAGUACAAGAAAAAGGACACACAUCCACUCUUCCCCGCUCGGGAGCCCAUUCCAGACAGCAAUGACGGAGUACAAGUGCGUGAACUUUUCCGAACUGUGCCGCCUGUGCGCGAGCAGUAAUGGGCCACGGGUUGGCAUCUACUCGGAUGAGGGCCGUAAGAAGAGAAUACACCGCAAGAUUACAGAAUCGCUCGGAAUAAAUGUGAAAGAAUCGGAUCGCUUACCGAAAUCAGUAUGUACGGUUUGCUUGAAGCAGGUGGAAUCGCACGAAGAAUUUCGUGAAUCUGCCGUAAAAGCACAGGGCAUGCUGGAAAGCUGCCUCAAUUCCCGCAGCGUAGAAAACAAUGGAAAAGUUUACAUACGCGAUGUAAAGGCAAAAGAACCGCCACAAAUAGUGAACCGUACGCAGACUAGCGUGGUACAUAUUUCACCCACCGCACCGGUCGUUUCUAAUCGAACUGUGCAAGGGAAAUCGCAGCAGCAGCAGCGACAGCAGCAACAGCAGCAACAGCAGCAACAACAGCAACAACAGCAGCAACAGCAGCAGCAGCAACAACAACAGCAACAGCAGCAACAGCAGCAACAACAGCAACAGCGACAACAGCAAAUCAGUACCACACCGAUACUUAUCAAUACGAUUCCAAAAAGCGUGGUUCACACGGUCAACGGUGGCACGAUAAGCACGGUCAGUUCCGGUGCUAAUGUUACACCGACCGUUUCGCUCACAGCCGUACAGCCCACCCUAAGAACAAAUAACACCGCUGGGGACUUUCUCAGCUCCAUCAUACAGGCGGUUGGCAUAAAACCAGACGGAGACACGAACCAAACAGUGGGACAGCAGCAAAUGAACCAACCGCAAAUACUGACCAUACAGAAUCAGCAGCAACCAAAUCAGCAGUACACGAUCACGUUCGAUGCACCGACGACGCGAAAGGGAAACGUGUUACACUACAAGCAGGAGAAUGGUACGCUCGUUCCGGUCACUUCGAAGGUUACUGAAACACAGCCGCAGACAACCUUUACACAAGUUGAUGAGUUUAUUAAGAUAAAAUCGAGUCCACCGAAACCGCUCAAACGAGAGUCUGCGCAAAAUGUUAAGACUGAUGCUACGGAAGCGAAACGGAAACGGAUCUAUCAAAUCGUUAAACAUCCAGCAGCGCCACAGACAACACCGCCAAAGACAAUGAAUGUUGGUAAUUUUACGAUUGAAACUCCCACCAUAACAUCGCCCGUUUCCGCUGCUACAGUAGCGCCUGUUUCAUCGUCUGGGAUGAUCGUGUCCAAUACAGGCACCGUGUACACCUCCACGCCGCAGAAAACGUACAAUUUGCCGGAGGUGAAGGUGAUCCCCAGUAACAACAGAUGUCUCGUACCGAUCGUGUUGAAAAACGACAGUUCAACGGACGACAGUGCUAAUAACAACAGUACAUCCAACAUAUCGGUAGUAGGUCAGCAGAUAGUGAGUAACGCACCUCAAAACCAGCAGGUUCAGCUACUUGUUAAACUAGAAACUGGACCCGAUGGUGUGAUGCGUCUAGUUCAACACCCAACAUUAGCGAUGCAGCAAACGGCAAUGCCACAGUAUGGUAUGGCGACUAUCGCCGCUACCGCACAGCCAGUAACCGCCAUGCCACCGAUGACCAUUUUAGGUCAAAACCAAUCGAUGGUGCAAGCUCAGGUCAGUGCUGGCAACUACGUGACGUUGGUGGGAAAAACAUCAUCACAGACGCAAACGAUCGCAGACAGCAACGGGCAACAAAUGAGCGUUGUCAUGACGACGGCACAGGUCCCACAAGCGACGCUGCAGCCGGUACAACAACAGCAGCAGCAGCAACAGCAGCAGCAUCAGCAACAGCAACAGCAUCAGCAACAGCAACAGCAUCAGCAACAGCAACAACAACAGCAAAUACAAACACAAAACGUCAAGAAGCCACAACAAACGGCUACUGUUUCGACACAACAAAGCCAACAACGUGCCAUUGUGGCUCUUUCUACCGGCGGUGCAGUACAGAAGGUAGAUCAACGUGUCGUUACCGUUCCACGCAAAGCUAUUCCUGCACGUCAACCGACAGCCGCUCCACCGAAGCUAGCACAUGCUGCCACGGCCCCGAAACAAACGAUCGUAAUUAAUGGACAGGGUGGAAACAACCAGGGCAAGGGUGCCGGCGGUACCACCGUUGGCAAAUCCUCUCCGACGGCCGGCCGUGCUGGACAUGUCAUGUCGUCGUCGAAUGGAAGCAACGUUUCAUCGCAUAGCAACAACAGCACGUCCGAGAACCGUUCGUUCAGCGAUCAUGAUAGUAGCGGGAACGAGAACGCGGAAUCGGAAGCACACAGAACCGCACAAUCUCUCGUUGCAUCGCAACAGAUGAGUGCUAUUUCCGCUAUGUCAAGCAAACAGGAUCCGGUUGCGUCCGAUCAGCAAGCGAAAGCGUCCAGCGGUCGUCCUGGCGAGAGAGGAGCGAAUCCAGCUGGACGUACCGGCGGAGGAGAUGUCAGCAUUACGACGUGCAAUGUGUGUCGGAAAACGUUCGGCCGGAAGGAACAUUUGGUGCAGCAUCUUAAGUCACACAUCGGGCUGCGUCCGUUUAAAUGUGAUGAACCAGAGUGCAAUAAGAGUUUUAGCCGUAAGGAGCACCUGUUGCGGCACACGGUUUCACAUACCGGACAGAAGAUGUUUAACUGCGACAAAUGUCAAAAGCUAUUCUCACGCAAAGACAAUCUCAACAAGCACAGAAAAACACACACGGAUCAAGCGAAUGUUUCACCGUAUAGUUGCAACAUUUGCAACAAGGAUUUCUCGUCAAAGAAUCAAUUUUUGAAACAUAAGGACACGCACGGUUGUUACGAAGAGGAGACGGAGACGCCAAAGCCAACGGUGAAAAAACAACCCCAACAGGUAAAGAUGGAAACGAAACAGCAAACAGGAAAUACGAUUACCGUUCUUGAGUCGACCGUUGUAUCGAAACCUUCGCAGCCUCCACCAUUGGCUCAAGUAGCCGCCCCGACCGUGGUCUCUUCAGAACAAUCACAACAGGCAACGGUUGUACAAUCCCUACCGCUAACCAUCACCCACGUGCCGACUAACACCACCACCAUCCAGUUACCAAUUCAGCAGCAGGUUCAUCAGCUCAUUCAGCAGCAGCAGCAGCAGCAACCACACCAUCCGAAUGGCACAACCACACAGCAGCAGAUUUUCACCAUCCCGGCCCAAAUACCGACCGCCAAUGGGAAACCGAUCAUUCAGCAUCUUCAAAUAGCGCUUCCUAACAACGUGAGCGGACAAACGCUGACGGCGUCCUCUUCCGCAGCGAACAGCGGAACCGUACAGACGAUAACAAACGCACAGGGUGCCACGCUGGCAAGCUUAGGUGCGGGACGGGCGACGAUUAUCAAUUCGGUGGAUGGAAAUACGGUAUUUACCCUGCCGUCGAACUUUAUCUUCGAUCCGUCGCAAAUCAUAACCACCACCCGUCAGUCAUAAUUUGUGAGUUCGUAUCACAAACCCCACCCGUGCUCAAAUUGGCAAAUUGUUCCAAUGUGAAAUAGCUGCUACAUGGACCGGGAGUGUGGUCAAUCUCUCCCUCCCUCUCUCUCUCUAUAUACAUAUUUCUUUUCAUUGUAAGGAUGAAAAGUAUAAGCAUAUUUGGCUAGUGCUGGAGAUUCGUAAUACGAGGAAGAAUAAUUGUAAUUAUUGUAACUAUUUGUAAGAUUGCUGUAGUUUGCAAAAGUUUUUAAAGAUUUCACAUUAGCAUUUAGGCAGGAAAAGUGUAAGAUAAAAUGACAUAACCAGCUUAGCAGGUAUUAAUCAGUAUCCUAAAAUACCCGGAUUUCAUCAUGUUUUGAGUGGUUUUUUUAAAACAACUGACUGUUGCAUCUCACCUUAUGCUUCUUAUGAAAAGAGAAGAGAAACAGAAAAAACCGAUUCACAAGAAGAUGAAACCCCUUUUUGCCAUUCUUAGUGUACAAAAGCGACAUUAAGUGAAAUGUCUUGAAAGCGCCAUAAGUAACAAGCGAAAGCUUCGUUGUUUGAUAUUUGAAUGCUAUGGCUUUCUAUUAUUUAAAUGUAUGUUUUAUAUACGUAAAGCGUGUACGUAUAAGAGUGUAUAUGAAAUAGGAUUGGAAAAUGCUUUCGGAGCGUAAGAGCUUAAGCAUAACAUGUGCUGUUUGCUUUGAAUCGCACUAGAAUGUUAAUAUAUGUCGGAAAGAAUAGAAUCAUAUAGUUAGAGCAUUUGUGUAUGAACAUUGACAAAUCACUGGCAUAUGAUCGAUUUUCCUUUACGCUCAUGCGUAUUGUACACAUUAGAAUUUGGUUUUAACUGUUUUAUGAUAAUUUAUCUUUUAAGUUUUACCUACAUUCUUUACCGUGUAUAUUUGUUUCCCUUUCCUCCAUGCGUGUACAGUACAAGCACUCUUUAUGUAAUACGUACGUAAUUUAUUAAACAUCUUUGCUCAUAUAUUUUGUAACAUUUCUCGAUCACCGAUCGCGAUCGACAAGGUGCAAGAGCAGUGGUAGUAAUUGACGUAGUAGAAUUAAUUUAUUGUCACACAUGUUGUAGUUGUAAUCGGCAUUAAUGCCUGUUUCAUUGCCAGCGAAACGAACGCGUGGAAGCCCUAGUGACGAAUCUCCGACCUAUGGUUUCGUGAUCAUUUUCUCAUUCACUUUACACCUUACCCCAGCUACCCCAGUGUAUGAUGCUGCGUGCUGGGCGGGACACGAUGUGCGUUAAAAAAAUUAUAAUUAUUACUUAUAAGUCAAACCAAAUACAUGUAUUUAAAAUGUG